AUGGUGUGUGAUUCUUCCAUGAAGAUAACAAAUGUGGUGGCACGAUGGCCAGAAUCUAGUCAUGACAGUCGUAUCUUCCGCUCAAGCACUCUACGGGAUCAUCUUGAAGAUAGAACAAUCAGGGGGAUUCUAUUGGGGGACAAUGGAUACGCAUGCGAGAGAUACCUUUUGACGCCAGUUCUCAGAGCAGGUACUGAUUCAGAACGCCGCUAUAACACAUCACACCGGCGCACAUGUAACAUCAUAGAACGUGUGUUUGGAUUACUGAAGAGAAGGUUCCCCUGCAUCGGUGUGGAUUCACGUUUACGUUGUCACAUUGAAACAAGUAAAGCUGUCAUUGUUGCCCUAUGUGUCCUUCACAAUAUUUCUCAUGACAAUGGAGAUGCAGACUUUCCAGGAAAUGAUGUCCAUGCCCUACAGAAUCAUGUCAACAUCAGAGAGCAGAAUAACCCCAGGGGAUUAGCAUUCCGCAGAAUGCUCAAACAAAAUAAUUUUCACUAA